AUGGAAUGCAGAGUAUCGUUUAAAGGGAAAACUGAGUUUUCUUGGAAACGAGAGCUGUUAGGAAUAGCAUUACUCGGUCUUCAACCAAACACUAUGGAAAACGAAGCUCGGGAGUCCGAGAAGAAGCAGUAUUGUCUUCGUAAUCAAGAAUUUAGCCACGUUGUGAGAUCUACCCAUAUUGACAAAAGCAUCGAAGCGAAAAGAAAGGUCAUCCGGAUGCUUUUCGUGAUAAUCCUAGAGUUCUUUGUGUGUUGGACACCACUCCAUGCGAUCAAUACGAUAUAUCUUUUCUAUCCUGAAGAACUCUACAGAUACGUCGGAUCGAAAGGCAUAAUCUCGCUUCAAUUGCUCGCAUACUGUUCGUCGUGUUGCAAUCCUAUUACCUACUGCUUCAUGAACCGAAAGUUUAGACACGCCUUCAUCACCCUUUUUAAGACUUGCAAGCUCGUCAGGUGGUGCUUCCCUGAAAAAUCGGAAGGGAAACAGGUGACUCCGCCGCCGUCCAGUCAAGAUGUUACUGCGUGUGUCACCUGGACGGACAAGAAGGCGAGGAUUGUGUUUAGCAGCGGCUCACAAACCACCACAGUAGGAAGCGUUCGAACCGUUCAACCAGUCGGCGCAAGCGCACGGCCCGUUACACAGGUUAUCGAGACAGGAGAGGAAGGGAGUCAAUUCCUCUAUCGCAUAACCUGGCCAAGAACGCAACCGAAGCAGCAGGGGUCCUCUCAGCCGCUUUAUGAAUGA